AUGUCUACAAAAAAAAUAGCUCAGCUUUCUAAAAUUGUUUUUUUACCUACUGACACUUAUUCAUGCACAAAAUUAAAAUUAGUAAAGUUGCAUAAACUUAUAAGAUCAUCAGAAGACCAGGAAAUUAUUAAUGGUACAUUUAAUAAAAUACUAGAUGUUUUUAUACAUAAAAAUAAAUAUAUCAAGUCAUUGUGUAUAAAAAUAUUUAAAGAUAUUUAUUAUAAAAUAAAAGUAAUUGAUAAUAUUAAAAUUAUUAGAAUGUUUUAUCAAAAUGAUCCAGAAAUCAACUUAUUAAUUCUUAAAUUUAUUAAAAUAUUUUAUAGAUUUUUUAUAGAAGAUGAGAUAGUGCUUUACUACAUUAAGAAAACAAAUAUUAAAUACAGUGAAGAAAUAAUUAAUUUAUUUGAAAGUAGUGACAUAAAAGGUAAAUGUACAAAGCUCGAUGGAUUAGAGCUUGGUAUGAAAUAUUUAUAUCAAGGUAAAACAGAAAAAUGUUUAAAUAUUUUUAAUAAAAUUAUUAAUUGUGAUAUAGAUUUUAGAUUUAAAGUAAUUAUUAAAUAUUUUAUUAAUAAACUUACAUUGGAAAAAAACAAGAGAUUUGUAUUUGAUUUAAAAGAUUAUGAAAUUGAUGAAUCUUUAAUUUGUAAAGUUAAUGGAUACACGGAAAGUAAAUUAUUUAAAAAAUUGAAAAAAUGUUAUAAUCAUUAUAAGCAUAUUAAAAAAUAA